AUGUCAGCCCCAAAAAAAUAUCAUUUUGAUGUUACCAUGUCCUGUUCUGGAUGUUCAGGCGCUGUUGAAAGAGUUUUGAAGAAAUUGGAAAAUGUUGAUUCCUACGAAGUCUCAUUAGAAAAGCAAACCGUUGACGUUGUCACCUCCCAACCAUAUGAAACUGUCUACAACACCAUUGCAAAGACUGGUAAGAAAAUAAAUAGUGGUAAAGAAGUUACAGCCUAG